CAUACUCCCCGGCGUCUCCUCUCCACAUGGGUUGCUCUCACGUCACCAUGCGAGCUCUCCUCUCCCGCAUCCACGCGCCCGGAUCGAUCCCCACCACUUGCUUCCUCCACCCCUCCACCGCCGCAUCCUCCUCCAAAACCCUAGCCCCGACCGCCGCCGGCGUCCUCACCUUCCGCCGCUUCGCCGCCAUGGCCGCCGCCGCCGCGGAGGAGUUCGUGAAGGGCCGCGUCACCCCCAACGGCGUCGCCGUCAUCACCCUCGACCGACCCAAGGCCCUCAACGCCAUGAACCUCGAAAUGGACCUUAGAUACAAGGCAUUUCUUGAUGAAUGGGAAACAAAUACAAGUGUCAAGUGUGUUCUUGUGGAAAGCAGUUCGCCCCGUGCCUUCUCAGCUGGGAUGGAUAUUAAGGGUGUUGCAGCAGAAAUUCAAAAGGACAUGAGCACACCACUUGUGCAAAAGGUCUUCACAGCAGAGUACUCUUUGAUUUGUAAGAUUCAUGAGUAUACCAAACCUUACAUAUGCCUGAUGGAUGGAGUGACAAUGGGAUUUGGAAUUGGACUGUCGGGGCAUGGCCGCUACCGCAUUAUUACUGAGAGGACACUAAUGGCUAUGCCAGAAAAUGGUAUUGGCUUGUUCCCUGACGUUGGCUUUGCUUACAUCGGUGCCAAAGCUCCAGGAGAUGGUGCAGUUGGAUCUUACCUUGGGAUAACAGGGAAAAGAAUAUCAUCACCUGCUGAUGCUCUGUUCAUUGGUCUUGGAACUCAUUAUGUACCUUCAGCAAACCUGGGACCGCUCAGAGAAUCACUCUUGAGUGCUAACUUCACAGAUGAUCCUCACCGAGAUGUUGAAUCAUUGCUGACUAAGUACAAUAACGAUCCAGAGUCAGGUCCCCAGCUAGAAAAGUUUUUGCCAUAUAUCAUUUCUUCUUUUGGUCCUGAUAAAUCAGUUGCUGAAUCUGUGGAAGAGCUUAAGAAGUGUAGUCAAAGUGGUGAUGCUGCAGUGGCAGAAUGGGCCAAUGAUGCCCUGACUGGAAUUAAGAAAGGGGCUCCCUUUUCUCUUUGCUUAACUCAGAAACACUUCUCUCAAGUUGCAUCAGCAUAUGGGAACAAUGAACACUAUCUAUCGAAGUUGGCUGGUAUUAUGAAAAUGGAAUAUCGCAUUGCCUUGAGGUCAUCAGUUCGAGAUGAUUUUGUUGAAGGUGUGCGUGCUGUCUUAGUUGACAAGGACCAGAAUCCGAAGUGGAAGCCAGCAACUCUGGAAGAGGUGAACAUGGGUGAGGUAGAAUCAGUUUUUGAGCCAUUGGCUGCUGAGGCUGAGUUAAAUGUAUGAUUUUCACAGCAUGUAAUGUUAUUGGUAUCUGGAUACCCUCUCCAGUUUCCCUGCGAUGUUACAAUACGAAAUACUCCCAACAAUCAUAAAGGCGAUGCUCGUCGAGCCUAUAAAUAAGGUCAAAUUACAGUAUCUGAAACUUAUAUUAGCAAUGUAUUACCAUUUGUGUUACAA